AUGUCGCUGUUCGAUCCACUGGGCCUCGCCACUCCCAUCACCAUACAGGCGAAGAAGAUAUUGCAGGAGACGUGGCGUACCGGUAUCGACUGGGACACCGAGCUGCAACCACGGGAAGCGGACGCCUGGCGGAGCUGGAUGGACCACGUGCGACGGCUGUCCGCGCUGGAGGUGCCGCGGUGCUACCCGGAGGUAGCCACGGCCGAUACAGCGGAGCUGCAUACAUUCGUCGACGCCAGCUCGGACGCGUACGCCUGUGCCGUGUACUGGCGGGCCGUCGCACCGUGCGACCUGUGGAGAUACCAGGAGGCAUGUGCUCCUGGGCAAAGCUUAGAACUAGCCACGACUCACACAUAUAACGAGCCAAAUUGA